CGCAGGUUACGUUGCGGUUGGGCGUUGUUUUCCCCGAAUGUGGUUUACUGGGGACUUGGCAUUUGCUUUUCGCAUCAAGCGUGAUAGCAACUUUGCAAACCUCCCUCUUGUAUCCCGGAACUCUCGGAGGGCCACUUUCGGCCCUGAAACUUGCGGACUGAGAAACCCUGCCUCCUGCGGGGACCAGCCACGCACCCCGAAGGAGCCCCGCAAGCCGCGACACCGCCCCAACUGCAUCCGGUCGGGAGGCGCCUCGCGGAAGCGAUUCCCAGGGGUAGCGCCCGCCCUCUGCUCGGUGCCGGCUCCGCCCGAAACCACCCCAACCGCGCCGCUCCCCAAUCCGCCGGCCUCAAAACUUCCCGGCGUACUCCGCCACCCCGGACUGCCGCAGCACCCUGUCUGCCGGGCUCUCCGACCUCUCGCUGCACCCCGCCAGCUCCACCUCCAGACCCAGCGCGGCUUCCCGCCCCGCCCCGACGCGCCCCCUCCACCUGGAACCAGGACCGUCCCAACUGCGCGCCACCCAGCCCGUCCACCCAGCUUCCAGACCAUCCACUGCGCCACUACAAAAGUCGACAGAGCCCGGAGCCAGCGCGGCACAACCAACUACUGAUCAGAUACAACACAAUAGUAAGUCAACUUCUGCACACCAGCUGUCACCUCAUACCAGGCCCUGCAGAACCCAGCCCCUCCCUGGGCCGCUCCUGUUCUGCUCUGCCCUGCUCGGUGCUCUCUGGCCACCCUGCCAGGUGCUUCUUUGGACUCGCAGCUAGUUGAACCAUGGCAACAACUCCAGCCUGUGCUUUUGAGGCUCUCAUGGAGGGAGUGACCAGCUGGAAUGUCCCCAAGGGCCCCAUUCCAUGUGAAUUGCUUCUUACUGGGGAGGCUGCCUUCCCAGUGAUGGUGAAUGACAAGGGCCAGGUCCUCAUUGCUGCCUCCUCCUAUGGCCAAGGCCGCCUGGUGGUGGUGUCCCAUGAGGGCUACCUGCUGGAUGCUGGCUUCGCUCCAUUUCUUCGUAAUGCGGUGGGCUGGCUCUGUCCCUCACCUGCGGCUCCCGCUGGAGUGCACCCCUCUCUGCCAUCACUAGUAAGUAUCCUGCAAGCCUCUGGGGUUCCGGCACAAGUUCAGCCAGAAGUGGGGGCCCCCGUGGGAGUUUACUGCAUCAGUGCCUACGUUGACACGAUGACUGCAGAGCUGAUCCAGUUUGUGAAGAGUGGAGGCGGCUUGCUCAUUGGGGGCCAAGCCUGGUAUUGGGCCAGCCAGCAUGGUCCUGACAGAGUGCUAUCCGGGUUCCCCGGGAAUGAGGUGACAAGUGUGGCCGGAGUAUUCUUCACCGACAUCUAUGGGGACAAAGACCGGUUCAAGGUCUCUAAGAAGAUACCCAAGAUCCCAUUCCAUGUGAGAUGUGGGGAGGAUCUCAGGCAGGAUCAGCAGCAGCUCCUGGAAGGGAUCUCAGAGCUGGACAUCAAGACGGGGGGAGUCCCCUCCCAGCUGCUGGUUCACGGGGCCCUCGCCUUCCCGCUGGGGUUAGAUGCCUCACUCGGCUGCUUCCUGGCAGCUGCCCGCUAUGGCCGGGGCCGGGUGGUCCUGGCUGCCCAUGAGUCCAUCCUCUGUUAUCCCAAGCUGGGGCCCUUUCUGCUCAAUGCUGUGCGCUGGCUGGCCAGAGGCCAGACAGGUAAAUUUGGGGUAAACACACAUCUAAAAAACCUGUGUACCCUCCUGUCAGAACAUGGCCUGGAGUGCAGUCUUCAGCCACAUCUGACGCAGGACUUGCGUGUCUACUGCUGCACGGCGUACAAUGACAAGGAGGCUAAGCAGCUGCAGGAGUUUGUGGCCGAGGGUGGGGGCUUGCUGAUCGGGGGCCAGGCCUGGUGGUGGGCCAGCCAGAAUCCAGGCCGCUCUGCUUUGGCUCAUUUCCCCGGUAACAUCAUCCUCAACUGCUUUGGCCUCAGCAUCCUAGCUCAGACUCUCCACGCAGGCUGUUUCCCUGUCCCUACCCCCGAGAUGCAGAGCUACCAUUUCCGCAAGGCGCUGUCUGAAUUCCAGGCUGCACUGAGCCAUGGGGCUAGGAAUUUGGAAAAGCAAUGGCUGGCAAAGCUGGGAGCAGAUGGUGCAGCCUUCCUACAGAUCCCAGCAAAAGGAGUCCCUGCUUACAUAUCCUUGCACCGAUUCAUAAAGAAGAUGCUGCGUCUGUCUGGCCUCCCAGCUGUGAGCCGGGAGCACCCUGUGGCUGGCGACUCCUUUGAGGCUGCAGUGCUCUGCCUGGCCACAGAGCUGGCACGCUCUGGGACUGACUGCUCCCAGCUGGUGCAGGAACUUGGAACCUGCACCUGCAGCUCAGGACACCCCAUCACUGUGGAGAUCGAUGGGAACAACCCAGGCCACUGUGAUGCCUGGGUGAGCACGGGGCUCUACCUCCAACGUGGAGAGAGUGCAGAAGUCUCGCUGUCUGAAGCUGCAGCCUCUGCCGGCCUGAAGGUACAGAUUGGCUGCCACACAGAUAACUUGACCAAGGCCAGCAAGCUGUCUCGAGCCCCUGUGGUGACUCAUCAGUGCUGUUUGGACAGGAGCAUACAAUCUGUCUCCUGCCUCUGGGGUGGCCUUCUCUAUGUCAUCGUGCCAAAGGGCAGCAAACUGGGCCCUGUAUCUGUCACCAUCAAAAGGGUUGUGCCUGCCCCUUACUACAAGCUGGGUAAGACAUCUCUAGAGGAGUGGAAAAAAUGUAUCCAGGAGAGUCAGGCUCCCUGGGGAGAGCUGGCAACAGACAAUAUCAUCUUGACGGUGCCAACGGCAAACCUGCGAGACCUGGAGGACCCCGAACCUGUACUCCACCUCUGGGAUGAGAUGAUGCACGCUAUAGCCCAGCUAGCAGCCCAGCCUUUCCCCUUCUGCUGUCCCGAGAGGAUUGUUGCUGAUGUGCAGAUCUCAGCUGGCUGGAUGCACUCAGGUUACCCCAUCAUGUGCCACCUGGAGUCAGUGCAAGAGCUCAUCAAUGAGGCCAGCAUUAGGAGCACAGGUCUGUGGGGACCCAUCCAUGAGCUGGGUCACAACCAGCAGCGACAGGUGUGGGAGUUCCCACCACACACCACUGAGGCCACCUGCAACCUCUGGUCUGUCUAUGUGCAUGAAACGGUCCUGGACAUCCCCAGGUCUAAGGCCCACCCUGCUCUGAGCCCUCCAGAACGAGAGAAGAGAAUCAAAACACACCUGGGAAAGGGAGCCCCCCUAAAUGACUGGAAUGUGUGGACAGCUCUGGAAACAUACCUACAGCUCCAGGAGGCCUUUGGGUGGGAGCCAUUCACCCAGCUCUUUGCUGAGUACCAGACGCUCUCUGGCAUCCCCAAAGACAACACUGGCAAGAUGAAUCUGUGGGUGCAGAAGUUCUCGGAAAAGGUGCAGAAGAAUCUGGCUCCAUUCUUUGAGGCCUGGGGGUGGCCUGUCCAGAAGGAAGUGGCGACCAGCCUGGCCCGUCUGCCCGAGUGGCAGGAAAACCCCAUGCUGGCGUACAUGCAUCGUUAGGAGGAAACGAUGUGCAGCAAGGUGGUGGGGGGAGAGGCAGUUAAGUCAUAAGACAAAGUGACACCAACAUUCUCAGGAAAAUCCCUUGUUACUGUUCCCCGGUUUAUACUUUUGCUCUCACUGACUCGUUUCAGCACCCGAAUCCUCCAGCAGAGGCUCUUACAUCUGUGCAUCUUAAGGUUCCGCGGGCUCUCGGCUCCUACUUUUGACCAACAGUGUUGUGUGGUUUUUUUUUUUUUUAAGAUUUAUUUAAA